UCAGGUGUGUGUGUGUGUGCGCGUGUGUGUGUGUGUGUGUGUAUGUAUCACUGAUCAAGUCGCGUGCAGUCAUGCUUCGUCCUGCCAGCGGACUCCAGCUCCUCGCGCUCCUGCUGCUGCUGAGCACGAGCCGGUCAGCCGUUCACAACGACGCCACCGAGUCAGUUCACCCUCAGGAGGCCGACGACACCCAGCACGAGCCGGCUGCCGAAGACACGAACCAGGCGAGGAACGGCGGGAGACGGCCGGCUGACUCUGUGCGUAACGGUCCAGACCAGAGCCAGGUGGGCUGCAGGGAGCUGAGGUCCACAAAGUACAUCUCUGAUGGUCAGUGCACGAGCGUCAACCCCAUUAAGGAACUGGUGUGUGCUGGGGAGUGUCUGCCCGCCCACCUGCUGCCCAACUGGAUUGGCGGUGGGGGUUACACUGGUAGGUACUGGAGCCGCCGCGAUGCCCAGGAGUGGCGCUGCGUUAUUGACCGGACCAGGACCCAGCGGAUCCGGCUGCAGUGCCAAGACGGCAGCUCCAGGACCUACAAGAUAACUGUGGUGACCUCCUGCAAGUGCAAGCGCUACUCCAGACAGCAGAAUGACUCAGGACACAAGGACACACCUGUCCACAGUGGUAAACCGAGGAAGAAUCAGAGGAAGGCUGAACUCCCUGAGGAGAGAGCCGGGAGGCAGUCCGACAACUAAAACCCCUGUAAUCCUGCUGUUACAAUGAAAACUCCUAACAGCCGCUAAUGCCUUCAUCAUGAAGUUUAUGGAUGAAUUAUGUGUGCAAAUAAUAACCAAAUAUUUAAGAGGCAGACUAAAUAGAAGUUAAAGUGAGUAGCGUAGAUUUGUCUCUAGAUUCACAUUUUUGUGUCACAAAAAACUGUUUUAAGAUUUCUCUGUUGCUCCGAGUACAGUUAGUUAGUGGAAUAAUUCAAGAUAUUAGGAAAUAAGCUUAUUUGCUUUCUUUCAUACAUUUAGAUGUUCAGAUGGAUAUCAGUCCAAUACGAUACAAUACAAUACCUAUGUUUAAUCUAUAAAAGAAAUGUAGAAACUACAAUCUGGUUUUCAGGGGAGUUACAGGCUGGGACUAUUUCUUGAUAAACAACACUUUAUCUAUCCACUUGGCACUUCUGUAGUAUCUCACUCACUAUAGUGCAGGUCAGCAGAUACGAUCAGUGCUGCUGAACGAAACUGUAUGCAGUCACUGUACUCGGCUAUUGUUCAUCAAGAAGUUGUUCCAGUGCGUAACUCCUGUGUAUUGGAAUUUCCCUUACAACAAACAAGAUACAACAUGUUAAUCAAUUUUACAACUGUUUUACUUUUCCACUUUGUACAGAGCCAGGCUAGCUGUUUUCCCUUGCUUACUGGAUUUAUGCUAAGCUAGGUUAACUACAUCUGGACUUAAAAUGUUGAACUAUUCCUUUGACACUAACCAAAUGAUGUUAAUUUUAAAGAAACAUUUUUCUAAAAUAUGCCACAGUCAGGAAAUGUCAUUCAAUACAGACGACUGACGACGAUACGAAACUGUAUCAUACCAUACAUCUUUAUUGUUGGUUUACACUGAAAUUACACACUACCGUUAAAUAAAUGUACGCAUAGAUUAAACAUACAGUUAGAGGUGUUUAUCUGACAUCCAAAAAUAUAAGAUCUGUUUUUGUAACAAGCAAGUAAAGGCAGUAAAAUUGUUUUUAUUUACUUGCAUAUGUACAAAUUUGAAACGUGACCAUAUGCUGUAAGUACAAAAAAAGUACAAAACAACCGUACAGUAUCUGAACAUUAAAUGGUCAAAUGAAGCACAGGGCUUUACACCAAAUGCUUAAGUUCGACGUUGCUUGGUGCCUGGCUAUUAUUUAAAAAAAUAUCCUCCCUUUGGCAGCUCCCUUUGUGCCAGUCUGAAUUUCCAGAAUGACCUGACUCUACUCUCUCAUUCCACCAGGACUUGGCUGAAUAGCAGGAAAUAAUAGAGGGUCAGAGAUACCAGAACUGACAAUUCAUUUUGUUAUUAUUUCUGUAGACCCCUAGAAAUUCCAUUUAUAUCACUAAAUUGUUUUCCCAAUUAAGCUGUGGUAGCAAACGUAAUUGGUGGCUAGAUUAUGUUUACAGGCAACGUAUGUUUGAGUGAAUGACAAGCUACAGCUAUGUACCCAGCCAGGGAGGUUGUUGGCGCAGGUGGUGGGCAUACAAAGUGAACUUCGACAUAUUGCCAUGAAACAGGAAGUUGUCUUAUCUUGACACAUGCAAACUGCGAGAGCACAUUCGUUGUUCCUUGCAGCUUUUCUGUUGCAAAUUACUUGUAUAUAAACAUACUUUCUAGGACAGGGCUGGGUUAUUUACCUUUCAAUCUAGUCCCAUAGCAUCCGAGUUAGCUGAUUCGUUUUCAUUCAUUUUGCGCUCUACCUCGCUCAAACUAUUAGCUCUGCCUGUACAGGAGGUUUGUGCUGGAAAGAAAUGCCAGGAUAGUUCAUAGUUAAUUGUGUCACAGAUGGUAGUUUUGCCAUAAAUCAUCUUCAUGUAAAAAAUAAUAGAAAACAAUAAUGCAUUAGAUAAUUCAAAGGCUUUACAGACUUUGGAUGCAAGAGAUGUAAAACAUAAUGUUACUAUGAUUCAUAAAGGUUUCAAAUGUGAAGUUAGAUUGAUAUAAUAAAGUGAUACUCAGAUAGCCUAUAGUGUGAAUGUACUGUACAAUAUGUGGGUAAAGUUUUUAUGGGGUUUUUCAGAGUGAAUAGUAUGUAAUUUAUUUUUGUACCAGAACAGUUGAAGUUCUUUUUUUAUAUUUUUGUCAUUGUUUGAAAUAAAUAUGAAAAUACUAAAA